AUGUUUAGUAAACAUCUGAAAUAACCAAGAAUGAAAACUAAUCGUUAAAAGAGAAUAUUAAUUUAGAUGGAAAUGGUGAAUAAACAAAUGAAAGAAAUUUAGAAUGAAAAUCUUAGACAACUAAGAAAGAGAACUAAUAAUUCCGAUGAGAAACUGUUUCAGUAAACUAUCUGA